GGGCGUGGCCCCGAGGCUGCGGGCUUGGCGGAGGGCGCUGUGAGUCGGUCUGCCGGGCUCUGACUUCAGGUUGGCAGCGGGCCGGGACGGCGGCGCCCGCGGGCCUCGGCCGUGCGGCUCCCGGAGCGAGCGCGACGCUGUGGCUCGGGCCUCAUCCCCCGCCCCUCGGCGGGCAGCUUGUCCCGGAGCCUCGGCCGCCGCAGUUUCAGCAUUGAAACCCAUAAGAAGAGUUGGUCAGAAGGCCGGGGAUAUAGCUCAGUAGUAGAAUGUGGAAGGCGUGCAAAGCCCUGGCUUACACCAGCAGGAGCCAAGAGAAUAAGAGGGUUCUGGAUGUAGAGCAUUCCUUCCUUGGUAUUCGCUCCACCCUAUCAUUUUGAUGCUGUGUGCUUAAGGUCUUCAGGCAGGACCCACCGUUCUCUGAGAAUUAGCUUUCUUAGCUGCCAUCCUUCUAGCUGAGCUUACAUAUGAGCAUGAGUCUUCUAAUGAUUAGUGAGAAUGUAAAAUUGGCUCGUGAAUAUGCAUUGCUGGGAAACUAUGACUCUGCAAUGGUCUAUUAUCAGGGAGUUCUUGACCAAAUGAACAAGUAUCUAUACUCAGUCAAAGAUACAUACCUCCAGCAGAAAUGGCAACAGGUUUGGAAGGAAAUAAAUGUGGAAGCUAAGCACGUUAAGGAUAUCAUGAAAACACUCGAGAGCUUUAAACUGGACAGCACCCCUUUGAAAGCUGCUCAGCAGGAGCUUCCGGCCUCUGAAGGAGAAGUCUGGUCCUUGCCUGUACCAGUUGAACGAAGACCCUCACCAGGACCUAGGAAACGCCAGUCUUCUCAGUACAGUGACCCUAAACCCCACAGUAACCGUCCAGGCGCAGUCAUCAGAGCCCAUCGUCCAUCUGCACAGAAUCUUCACAAUGACAGAGGGAAAGCUGUUCGUAGUCGUGAAAAGAAAGAACAGAACAAAGGAAGAGAGGAAAAGAACAAAUCACCUGCUGCAGUUACAGAACCAGAGGCAAGUAAGUUUGAUAGCACUGGAUAUGACAAGGACUUAGUGGAAGCUUUGGAAAGAGAUAUAAUUUCUCAGAAUCCCAACGUUCGAUGGGAUGAUAUUGCUGAUUUAGUGGAAGCUAAAAAGUUGCUUAAGGAAGCAGUGGUGUUACCAAUGUGGAUGCCAGAAUUCUUUAAGGGCAUUAGGAGACCAUGGAAAGGAGUGUUGAUGGUUGGCCCUCCUGGCACUGGAAAAACCCUGCUUGCUAAAGCAGUUGCUACAGAGUGCAAGACAACGUUCUUCAAUAUCUCUUCAUCAACCCUGACUUCCAAAUACAGAGGAGAGUCGGAGAAGCUUGUUCGGCUCCUGUUUGAAAUGGCUCGAUUUUACUCUCCAGCUACCAUAUUUAUUGAUGAGAUAGAUUCCAUCUGCAGCCGCCGAGGCACUUCUGAAGAGCAUGAAGCAAGCCGAAGGGUGAAAGCUGAGCUGCUGGUUCAAAUGGAUGGUGUUGGAGGCGCUUCAGAAAAUGAUGACCCUUCCAAAAUGGUUAUGGUUCUGGCAGCUACUAAUUUUCCCUGGGAUAUAGAUGAGGCUCUCCGCCGGCGUCUCGAGAAGAGAAUCUAUAUUCCUUUACCAUCAGCAAAAGGCAGGGAAGAACUGUUAAGAAUAAGUCUACGAGAGCUGGAAUUGGCUGAUGAUGUUGAUCUUACAAGCAUAGCAGAAAACAUGGAAGGCUACUCAGGUGCGGAUAUUACCAACGUGUGCAGGGAUGCAUCCUUGAUGGCCAUGAGACGACGUAUUGAAGGCCUAACCCCAGAAGAAAUACGAAAUCUUUCGAGAGAAGAAAUGCAUAUGCCUACCACUAUGGAGGAUUUUGAAAUGGCUUUAAAGAAAGUGUCUAAGUCCGUGUCGGCUGCCGACAUUGAAAGAUACGAGAAGUGGAUAGUUGAGUUUGGAUCAUGCUAAGUUCUCACAUGUAAACUGGCGGGAAUCUGCCGUAAGUCUUUACAAAAUGAUUAAAUAUACUAUUUCACUGCA